GAAAUCUUGGAGGAGUAGUAAGAAAGCCCCAAACUUUAAAAAAAUUUCUUAACCCUUCACCCAAGUUCAAAAGAAAGCUCACAUUCCCCAACUGCCACCGGUGGAGUUCGACAGCGACACACGGUGGUUUAGGCGGCGGUAAUAGCGACGACGAUCGAGUGGUAGAAGAAGAAAAUCGUUGACGAGGUUAGCGUUUCUUUCGACUACUUUAGCCAUAUUUGCCUUCUGUUUAUCAAUCGACAACACCGAUCAUUUGUUUCACUAUUUGGGGUUUUGUGGUUUGGGAGUGUUGUGUGAUUCAGUGAAAACAGUCGAAGCUAUUCUUGUCUACAUGUAUGAGGUCGGUUACCAAAACGGAAGAUGUCUUGAAAACUUGAAGACUGUUUGUUGAGUUCUUGUGAAACUCUGAAAAUCAGGUGCAUAAAUCAUUCUGAUUAUGGAAGAUGACCAACCUGCCAAGUCUACUGAAAAACAGCAACCUGAACAAGUUUGUAGUUUUUUCAGAAAACCGAUAAAUAAAAAGAAUAUAAGGAAGCGGACUAUUGAUGAUGAGGACAAUGAGGAGGACUCAAACAAAGAAACUUCUCUGUUGCAUAUUCAAAAGAAAACCUUAAAGCCUGACAACAAGUUGUUCUUUUCCACGGGCUCGUCAAAAAGUUCUGUAUCUGCUGAACCAAGUGAAGAGUCUGGAAAACCAGUCUUUCAGUUUGAGUCUUCAAAAGAGAUUCAAGUUCAACAUGAUAGCAAAGCAACAGCAACUCUAGAGACUGAGACUGAGUUUUCGAGAGAUGCUCGUGCCAUCCGUGAAAGAGCUCUCAAGCAAGCAUCAGAGAGUCUGAAAGGGAAAAGUGCAAGGCCUGAGGAUGAAAAAUUAUAUAAGGGGAUGAACAGUUACAAAGACUACAAGGCUGGCUUCCGUAGAGAACAAACCAUUGCUAGUGAAAAAGCUGGUGGAGCACAUGGUCCUCUGAGGGCUUCGGCGCAUAUUAGAGUUUCAGCAAGGUUUGAUUAUCAGCCUGACAUAUGUAAGGACUAUAAGGAAACUGGUUAUUGUGGAUAUGGCGACUCAUGUAAGUUUAUGCAUGAUCGAGGGGAUUACAAGUCUGGGUGGCAGUUGGAGAAGGAAUGGGAUGAAGCUGAGAAAGCAAGGAAGAUGAGAUUGGCUGCAGGUGAAGACGCAGACGUGGUGGAGGGUGCCAAUUUGAGUGAUGAAGAUGACGAGGAUUCAUUACCUUUUGCAUGUUUCAUCUGCAGAAACCCCUUUGUGGAUCCUGUUGUAACCAAGUGCAAGCACUACUUCUGCGAGCAUUGUGCAUUGAAGCAUCAUGCAAAGAAUAAGAAGUGUUUUGUCUGCAACCAGCCAACACUAGGCAUUUUUAAUGUUGCUCAUGAGAUACGCAGGAAGGUGGCCGAGGAUAAAUAGAUAUUCUCUGUUGAAUUCAUGGAUCUCUUUCCUCUAAGGAACUUUUCUUAACCUCCCAUUUUAUUUUCGUAUUAAGAAGCGAUUAUAUGUAAUGAGCUGAAAACAGAGGUUUAGACAGUGGUUAGGUAUUUUUCAUUUUGUUGUAUUUCUUUCACAUAUAGAUCUCAGAAUAUUGACUUUUAGAUACAUUUACCCAUUUGUAUAUAGUAACUCAGUUGUGCAUACUGAGUUCUUUUCAUUCCUUUAGUUUGUUUCUAAAUUAUUUGUUUGUCGUGAGUAAAGUACCUUUCGGAAUUUGCAUAUAAUAAUGCAUAAUAUUAGUGAUUACCCUUAGAAGAAA